AUGACUACACAUGAGGAUAAUGAUGUGAAAUCCACUCUGGAAGCCAAUGGUACGGUAUCCUACAAGCGCCUUGAUGGUCAAUCGACGCCCAGCACAUAUUCGUCCAUAGUGCUAAGCAAUUGCAGUAGUGAAGAAGACAAUGACGAUGAAAAUGAAAGGCCCACGUUAAAAUGGAAAAGAAAACGAUUUUUGAAUAAUGCAUCUCCAUUGGGAAAAAAAGAAUCGAUUGAACAAAUUCCGAACGGAAGUGGUGCUCUCGAUAAGUACACAAUGUCUUCUGAAGAUAAUAUUGCAACAUCAUUCGAUGAUGAAUCACGAUCAUUGCCAUCAAGGCGGUUGCCACCAAUUCCUGCUGAUAAAUUACAUCGAAGAAAUCCACAUAUAGUCAGACAAGAACUUCGCAUGCUCGAUGAUCUUGUUCCGGAUGGCGAUUUAGUUGAUAUACAUCUAACUGAAAUGCCCGGUCUUCAAAAUACAGAUCACUGGAAACGUAUUGCUGGUCGAGCGGUACAAUCCUCACCGCCUUUAUCUCGUCAGUAUUACCAAACAGUGAUAUCAACGAUUGAACUACCGGAUGGCCAAGUGCCACAGCCAUUGGGUUCCUAUCGGCGACCAGGUCGUACGGAUUCCGAACCAGUUGUAAAUACAGCACUGUGUCGAUUGCCUCGUCGGCGAUUUCUACUUGGUUCGUUCAUCGCUGUUGUCAUUGUUGCCAUUAUUGUUUCUGUUGUUCUCGCUGUUACUAUUGUUCGUCAGUCUACUUCAACGGCAACUGAGUAUUACGAAGGAAGUGUUUACGUUCGUGCGGAUUUCGAUCAAUCACUUCUCGAUCCGAGCUCAACAUUGGCAAAGAAUUAUAAGAGGGAAUUUUGUUCAUUGAUUGGAACGACACUCGCUGAUACACGAACGAAAUAUGCCAUCUUCUAUAGCACUUGUGUAGUAACUACUUUUCACAAUGGAAGUAUUAUCGCUGAUUUUGUUCUCGGUUUUACUCAAAAUCAAAAUGUAACAGGCCUGAGUGCAUUCCUCAAUCAAACAUUAGUCAACAAACGCUUAUUUGAUGGGAUAAUCUACUCGAUAGCAUUAAAUCUCACAGCAUUGAAUGAGAGCGAUACCGAUACAAAUUCCACGGAUAAUGGCCACCAUGAUCAACCUGUUCAAUCGACAUACAACGAAAAAUUCGCCAUGACAGAACAAAAUUCAGUCCAAGAAACUCAACAACAGCAGCUACAGCAACAGCCUGCACAUACAUCGUACACAACGGUGACUUAUACAACGCUUGAAAAAGGUUUGUCUAUAACUAUAUCUGAAACUAUCACAAUUACGAAUAAUAAUCUUGAUAAAUCACCAAUUAAUAAUAAAAAUUACGAAGUUAUUUUGAUACCGACAAUUGAAAAUGGAAAAACAGUUGUUGUUCCUACGGGUAAUAGCACAAACGAGAAAACUCUAUUACCUGCAGCAACUACAACCAUGACGAAUGUCAUUCCAAUGAAAUCUUCAUCUCAAAUUAAUCUUCUUCGGCCAAUCAAACCAAUUAGUGAUGCGAAUUUUGCUUAUAUCGAUGCGUCAAGCGAUGAUCGAACAUGUAGUUCAGGAGAUGAACUAGUUCAGUUUUCUUUGAUUUCUGUUUUCUAUCUUGUUAUUCUUUCAGCUACGUCCACUCUAGGAGAUAUGACUACUCGAGAUUCGACAACAACAGCGUCAACAACGUCACUUAGCGAUGGAACAUUAACAGAUUCGGCGUCUACUCUUGCAACUAAUUAUAUUUUACCAACUGCGUCGACAAAUCCACCAAAACUACAACCAAAUCGUCCUAUUCCGCCGAGCCGACCACCAGUCAAAAUUAAAAAUCAAAGUAGCGAAGACAGAUCAGACUAUCCUACACGGUUGAACUCCAAUACGAGUAGACGCCAACGACGUGUAGUUAUUCCAAAAAAUCAACGUCGCCUGAUGCAAUACGAACUAAUGCCGACUGGAAAAGUUUACUACGUUGAUCGACCAUUUUACAACGAGAAAAAGUCUAUACCAGGAGAUCGUGACGAUAAUUCAAGCGCUGUUCUUAGUACGAUUCUCUCUCGCUCAAGUUCAGUUGAUACACUAAGUGAGAAACGUCAUCGUCAACAUCAACACCAUAGAAAGUAUAAUCAAGACGCAUCAUCAAACAAUCCCGAAGCAAGAGUUAAUAUCGGCGGGCGGUUAGCAUCAAAUAAUAACUUAACUACCAACACAAUAUCAUCAUUUAAACCGAUCAGUUCGAUGAAGAAGAAUCGACUGUCAGCGUUUGAACCAACACAAGAAUCUCUUGAUCAAGUCUUUGAUGUACUUAUUGCUGCUGACAAAAGACGAGAAGAACAUGAUUUUUGGAGAGAAAAAUUCGAGAACCGUUCCUCGUCAAUACGUGCACCCAUAUUAAACAACCGAGCACAAGAACCGACUAGUACAAACACCUUGUCAUUCCAACGUCCAAAACAAACUCAACUAGUUCCAAAUUCCAUUGUGAACAAUCCGGAGAAUCGUUCACAAUCCUACCAUACCAAUAAUAAGCGCACGUCACUGUACGAAGCUAUCAGCCGACAGAACGGUUGUCUACUGGAAGACUGUCUUCGCCGACGGACACAAAUUGCUCAACACCAAUUGCCGCCGCCAUCAUCGGAACGUAACUAUUCUCCUAACACGAUUUACUCGACUAACUAUCCUAAACCACAAAUACCACCAGUGAGUAAAACUCUGACUCCUUUGGCUACCACCGCUGCUGGUGUUCCACAACCUGCACGUAUUCUUUCAUUACCCAAUGGCCGCGUUGGUCGAGCGCCUCACGCCCGGCAAACUUCGGAUGAGCUUUCUUCUACAUCAGAUAUCUGGGCAGCACGGUCUACUGUUGAACCUGAAACGUCUCAAAUUCGAAAAGCAAUAAAUCCCUUGCGUGCUCCAUCUGCGGUUAAUCGUAGUCGAAUAAAUCAACAAAAACUCCUUCACAACAAACGUGCAUUGAGUGCCGAACAACAAAAAACCGUUCGAACAGAAAACAAAACGAUUGCAUCAACAACGAAAAGCAAAUUCUUCGAUUUGUUUAAAUUCGCUCGUUAG